GCGGCCGGGCCAGUUAGCUUUGGCGGUUUUAUUUCAACAUGGCCGAAGCGAGCGGCGUCAACGUAGGCAGCGGCUGUGAGGAAAAAGGGCCUGAGGAAUUAUCUCAGGAAUCUGCGCGCCCCGGCACUACCAUCUCGAGGGUGAAGCUUUUUGACACCAUGGUGGACACUUUCAUCCAGAAGUUGGUCGCUGCUGGGAGCUACCAGAGAUUCACUGACUGUUACAAGUGCUUCUACCAGUUGCAGCCUGAGAUGACACGGCGCAUCUAUGACAAGUUUGUAACUCAGUUGCAGACAUCUAUCCAGGAGGAAAUCUCUGAAAUCAAAGCCGAGGGAAACCUGGAAGCUGUCCUGAAUGCGCUGGAUGCGAUUGUGGAAGGAAGCAAGGACUGCGAGGAGCCGGCUUGGCGCCCUAGUGGGAUCCCAGAGAAGGACCUGUGCAGCGCUGUGGUGCCCUACUUUCUGCAGCAGCGGGACGCCCUGCAGCGCCGUGUGCAGAAACAGGAGGCCGAGAACAGGCAGCUGGCAGAUGCCGUCCUGGCCGGGCGCAGGCAGGUGGAGGAGCUGCAGCUGCAGGGCCAGGCCCGGCAGCAGGCCUGGCAGGCUCUACACAGAGAACAGAAGGAGCUGGUGGCCGUGCUGAGGGAGCCUGAGUGAGGAGGAGAGGGCCCGGCCCAGGAGCAGAGGGCAGUCAAGGUCAAGGGCCUGUGGUCCAGGAUGCUGAGCCUGAGUGAGCUGCCUCCGAGAACAGUCCCUAAGCAGUGAUGAAAUUUGCCGGAGAAGGAGGCCUCAGCUGUCUCCACUGCCAUUGUGCCUCUGGGGCUCCCUUGGGGUCAAAAACACACACUACCUUCAGAUUCCUCACUGUUUUCUUCUAACUUUAGGAUUCUUGGCCAGCUCCCGCCCUGGGAAUUAGGCACCAUGCUGCCUCUCCUUUAGGUUCAGGCCAACCCCCCACCCUACCCCCAUCACACAUAUCGCCUAUUCCUGAGCCCUCCCUAGGACCUGGCUUGGGGAAUCUGUAUUCAGUUUCCACUGAUUGCCCCCUUGCUGGCCAGCCCAAGGGCCCUUGCCAUGUUCUCUCCACAUCCGCAAAUAAACUUCCUCCACUACACUGUAA